GAUGUACUAAAGUACAUGACAUCACGGCGACCACAUGAUUAGACAUCAAUGCGAUAAGAGAGAUCUGUGCUAUCAAUUGAGAGUAUAUUAUCGCUUUAGUUACCGUGGAGAGAAAAAUGUUUGCUGUUGUAGUGAUGAGGUUGGCAGUGUGGCCUAAAGUACCAUUAAUAUUUGUGAUGUUGGUAUAACCUGUGGUAGAAGGAGAGUUUUGUGGUUUGGUGGUUAGGGAAGCAGUGGUUGCGAAUGUGAAGAGUGCCUUUGACAUAUGUCAUUAUGGCAGACAACAAGCAGAAUGUUAGAUAUGUGUAUCAUUUACCAUAUUUUGAGCGCAGAGAGCUUUGUCGAAUAUUAGACCGGAUGGAUAAAUGGGAGGAACUAGGGGGCAUACACAUGAAGUUUGACAUGAUGACAAUUCAGGAUCUGCGUAGAGAGGUUCUGAGAGGCAAUUCCCCAUCUGAUGAACUUCUGACUCUAUGGGGACAUCAAAAUCAUACUGUUUUGGAGUUAUUUGUGCUGCUUUCAGAGAUGCAGCACUAUCAGGCUAUGCUUGUUUUGAAACCCUUUGUUGAUCCAUAUUAUCAUCGAUUUAUUUAUGAAGGCGAAGAAAUGUUGAGGCCAUUAUCUAAAGGCAGCCAAUUACUGGGUGCAGAGAGUAAAGUAUCUUCAGAAACAAACGAAGCAGCUGUCGGAGGAGAGGAGGCACGAGUUGCAGUUAACAGUGAAGCAUCAAGUUCAAAUGUGCCAUCAGGGAACAAGAACCUGGACAUUAGUCGCCAUAACUUGAAUUUAACUGAAUCAACUGACUACGCUCAUAGCAAACUCAGCUUUCUCCCAGAACAGCCAGAAAGAAAAAUCCUCAAUACGAUGAGGCUCUCACCAGCUCGUAUUCCAGAAGCCGGUAGUGAGAUGGCAAGAAUUCCCAGGCCUCUUGCCGGAGUCACCCUACCUACGUCUCAAGACGGAGCUUGCAGAUUUCCACCAGAUAACAAGGAAAAUAAUGCUCCCGGAUAUAAUCAGCAUAGAAAGCUAUCAAAUGCAUCGGAUGUGUCAUCAGUGACUGAAAACUGUGGUGCAAUGCCACACAUUGAUUACCAAGAACUGCUAGAAGCAACUCAGGGUUGGGCAAAACAUAACAUUCUGGGAAAAGGAGGUUUUGGGACAGUUUUCAAAGGAAAUUGGAAGAACACGCAGGUAGCAGUCAAGAGAAUAGAACAGAGAGGAGCAGCACAUCCAGAAAAUAGCCAGGCACAACUGGAGCAGUCGCUGAGAGAGCUCCGAAUUUUGAACUCGUGCCGUCACGACAACAUACUGCCAUUGUUCGGAUUCAGUGUCGGGGGCGACGAGCCCUGCCUCGUGUACCAGUUCAUGCCCAACGGCUCUUUAGAGGAUCGUCUGUUAUGCCGGAAAGGAACACCACCGUUAACAUGGCUUCAGAGGCAUAAUAUCGCACAAGGAACGGCAAGGGGCCUUCAGUUUUUACACAACAAUUCAAAGCCUUUUAUACAUGGAGACAUAAAAAGUGCCAAUAUUUUACUGGAUGUAAACUUCAUCCCACGUAUUGGUGAUUUUGGACUUGCGAGAGAAGGGCCUCAAAAUAAUUACACACACAUGAAAGUGAGCAGGGUUCACGGAACUCGGCCUUAUCUUCCGGAUGAAUUUCUGCGUGGUAAACAAAUGUCAACGAAAGUUGAUACCUACAGUUUUGGUAUUGUGCUGUUUGAAUUGGCAACUGGAUUAAGGGCAUAUGAUGAUUCCAGAACCUGCAAACUUCUGAAAGAGCACGUGGAGAGCUGCACAAAAGAACAAUUGGAAACUCUCAUUGACAAGAAGGCAGUACCAGAAAAUCCAGCAAUUUUCCAACAUCUGGUGUCCCUAGGCAUAGAGUGCGUAAAGAAGAUACCCAAACAUCGGCCAAAAAUGGAGAAAGUUCUUGAAGAGCUGGAAGCAGUUACUUCAAGGCACCAAAUUUGUGACGCGGUUCAUUAUCCUGGGAGCUCGGGCGGACAGUGUGUAAGAACAAGUCUGAUGCUGACGAUACCGUCGAACCAUCCCGUUGGCAGCGUCCAGCAGGCGGGACUUAACAAUGUAUAUUUAUGUCAUCCUCCAAACACUUCCAAUAGUCAUAACUUCCUGCCAGUUGCUGCUUUUCCGUCACCCUCCUAUUCUCCGUCAGUCAGUCCGCAACCUAUCUCGGCAGCCGGCGCGCAUUCCCCACGUGCUCUUGGUUUAGCGUCUCAUCCAUUUCCAGUCACACCACAAUAUGUGCCAUCUCCUGAGAUUGAAGUGUCGCCACCAUCGCAAGAAACUUAUUGCUCGGGUGAUAAUUAUCUGCCAGUUACAGUGGCAAAACAGAACUCUGCAUCACAGAGACCUUACAGACAUGCUGUUCUGGACCAGGAGAUAGCACCAGCUCAUCUAGAUGAUCCAGACAGCUCAGAAUUUUCGCAGAAUGGAGCUGCUAUCAGUGUUCUGCUGCCUAAUUUGUCAAUACUGGGUGUUGAUGACAGUCACCAUUCCCGUGAAGCUGAUACACUACCAUCUGCUUCCUGCCAUGAGCUCAGUGCCAAUCCUGAAACAAGUGCCUAUUCUUCUUCAAGUCUGAGCCAUUCGACUGCACAAGGCAAAUCACUAAUCUUUGAUCUCAGACCUCUGGAACCAAAAUAAUAACUUCUCUACAUGUCUGCCAAUAGUAAUUAAAGUGUUUGUGACUUGUGAAUACAGUCUCCAAGGCCAGCAGAGCAGAACAUUUAUAAAUGUCAUUUAUUGCAUCGCCUAUUGGAUGUUUUCAAUUGUGGCAUGAGCUUAACAUUUGUCAGAAAUGCAACAAAACAACAAAAUUAUUAAAUACUUUUAAAUUCCUAUCACAUAAUAAACAUGAUAGUUUAUUUUUUAGAGAUAUUACGUGAUAUAGAGUUUUAUAUUGAUAUUGCAGCUGUUUUUCAAAUUGUUUUAUCAGUUUGGAGCUUAUCUAACUGAAUUCAGUUUAAAAACUCCAUUAGAAUUCAAACUGCAUUUCACUGUACGUUAGUAUAGAUACAUUCCUGUAGUAUCUGUUACUGCUUGCAAAUAUUUUCCUUUAUUGCACAGAUCGUAUCAUAGUUUUGUUUAUAAAUAUGUAUACUUCUUGCUUUUACAAGUCACACCUAACCUCAACAGUACUAUGUAAUUUAAGGUUAUGGUUGAUGUAACACAGUAACAUAAGUUACUGAGAAACAGUGACUGGAUUCAAUAAGUUUUUUUCCCAUCCAGAGGCUUAGGUCAUCAUUUGUAUAUAUUGAGAUACUCAAAUUGACAGUUUUAAAGCAUAGGAAUUGAAUGUGAUACAAAUUGAAAUCCCAGACGUAUAAAAAGCGCAUGAACUGAAAAUCAUUAAUGACUAUUUUCUUUAUAAAUACAUGUUGACUAUGUUUACUGUUGAAUAUUUUCAUAGGAUUUAUUAUAAUUGUAAGUUCAGAAAUGUUUCUUGUGGAUAAUAUUUUGAAGAAUCUUAAUAAAUAAGGUUGGUAAUGCCAAAUUAA